AUGAGUGAUCGAUUCAAAUAUUCUCAUAAUGGAAUCUGUAAAAUUCCAAAUGUUCCAGAAACUAUUGCGGCUGCCAAUCAUACUCCAGCACAAUUUCUAUUUGAAGUUAAUAAUUUUAAAGUUGGGGGUACAGGAGAUUUUUCGUAG